AUGUCCGUUAUCAUCAACAACAACGAGGCUCAGCCAGCAAGGGCACAAAUUGAUCCUCGAUCUUAUGAAGAUUUGUUGAUAAUCGCCGCAACGAUUCGAGAAAUCGCAGGAGAUCGGGCUCAAGCCGACAUUGGAAUCAUUUGCGGUUCGGGACUUGGCGGUUUGGGGAAUCUCGUUGAGGAUCCUUUCCCUGUUCCAUAUGAAAAGAUUCCCGGAUUUCCUCCAUUGCACGUCCCUGGUCAUAAAGGGAUCAUGCUUUUCGGGCGUAUCGCCGGUCACCGAGUCGUCUGUCUACAAGGACGAUUUCAUCCAUACGAGUACAAUAUGAACUUGGCAUUGUGUGCCCUGCCUGUUCGCGUCAUUCACCAAUUCGGUGUUCGCACGUUGCUUGUCUCGAACGCGGCCGGGGGAAUCAAUCCGAAUUUUCAAUAUGGAGAUCUCAUGCUUAUUAAGGAUCACAUUUUCCUUCCCGGCUUAGCUGGAAUGUCUCCUCUUGUCGGAAUAAAUGAUGAUCGUUUUGGGGCUCGUUUCGUCUCUGUGCAUGACUCGUAUGACAGAAGUUUCAGAAAAUUGGCCCUCGACGUGGCGACAAAUCAGGGAAUCCGGGUCUUCGAGGGAAUUUAUGUCAUGUGUGGCGGUCCACAAUACGAAUCACCGGCUGAGGUUUCUUUGUUCAAAACGGUUGGCGCUGACGCUUUGGGGAUGUCAACAUGUCAUGAAGUGACAGUGGCUAGACAAUGUGGAAUCAAAGUGCUCGGAAUGUCGCUUAUCACGAAUAUCGCCAAUCUCGAUGCGGACAAUUCGGUUGAAGUUUCCCAUGAAGAAGUCCUCCAGGCAGCGUCUGAGAACGGGGCAAGAGCUGCUCAGUUUGUGAAAGGAAUUCUCGAGAAAUUGCCACUCGCA